UUUAUCGAAAAUGAUGAUGAUUGUUGUCGUUGCUCAAUCGGUGGUGGUGGUGGUGUCAAAAACGUUCGAUUUUUUUUCGUUUGCCAAAAAACAUUCGAAUGGUAAUCAUCAAGGGUGAAGAGUUUUGAGAAAAAAAAUGUUGAAAAAUUGUCCGACCAUCGUUUUUAUCAUAAUAAUACCAUGGAUUUUAUUGAUAAUUGCAACGGCAAUCAUACCUGAUACUGAAUUAUUAUUUGGUUUUGAUAUUUUGGCUAAAACUUAUGACGUAAAAUUACCCGAAUCAUUUAAUGGUCCAUUAUUGGCUAAUCGUUGGUUAUCAUUAGCUGAUCAUCUUUAUGUUGAUGAAAUUCGUGGUCCUGAAUCAUUUGCAACAUGGAAUGCCGAUGGACGAAUAAUACAAUUAUUAUCGAAUCACUAUCGAACGAUUACAUAUUUAAAUCCAGAAAAUCUUAGCCAAAAAGAAUGUCGAAAAAACUAUCAAUCAGCAAGUGGUUAUUGUUCACGACCAUUAGGUAUAAGAUUUUCAACCAAAGGACAAUUAUAUGCUGUUGAUCCAUAUCAUGGUAUAUUUGAAAUUAAUAUUGAAAAUGGCCAUUAUCAAUUAGUAAUGAAUAUUAGUGAACAUCGAUUAUCCGAUGGUACAAUACCGAAAUUUUUAGAUGAUUUAGUUUUGAUUGAAAAAAAUGAUACAAUUAUAAUAUAUAUGACUGAUGCAAGUCAAAAAUGGUUACUGCAUGAUGUUUAUUUUACUGUUGGUGAAAUGGAUCAAACUGGUCGUUUAUUAUCAUUUAAUCUUAAAACAAAACAACUACAAAUUGAAUUGGAUAAUUUAGCAUUUCCAAAUGGAUUAAUCCUUAAUGAUAACGGAACAACAAUCCUUAUAAAUGAAUUCAAUAAAAGACGUAUACUAAGAUAUCGUUUAGAUAGACCUGGACAUUAUGAUAUAUUGAUUGAUGGUCUACCAGGUGAACCAGAUAAUAUUAAACGAUCAUUAAAUAAAAACCAUGAAACAUAUUGGAUUGGUUUAUUUACCGGAAGAAAUCAAUAUAAACCAUCAUUUUAUUUGGAUAUAAUGGCCAGACAUCCAUAUUUGAAAAGAACAUAUUUUCGUCUGAUACGUUUAUUUGGAUUUCUGAUCGAAACUAUUGCCAAUUUAUUAUCAUUAUUUUUCAAUGAUAAUGAUUAUUUGAAACAAUUUGGUCAUAAUAUACGUGUUGCAAAUUUUAUGUAUCCAUUUGUUGCUGAAUAUGGUAUGGCUGUCGAAAUAGAUUCGAAUGGUCGAUUGAUUGGAUCAUUACAUUCACCUGAUGGUCAUACAAGUCAAUUAUCUGAAACAACAUUUGAUAUUCUAUUCUAUACAACCGUCAUAUCAAUAAUAUUGGGUUUAUUACCGGAUCAAUUUUUCAAUGAUUUUCCAAUCGAACCAAUUCAAUAUGAUAAUGAACAUUUUUAUAAAGGAUUAAUGGGUAUUGAAUGGAAUAAUCAUCUAGUCAAUAAAGCCAAAAUGUUAGCCAUCGAUCAAAUACAUGGUCCAGAAUCAUUAGCCGAUUUGGAUGAUUAUAUUUAUACCGGUGUACUUGGUGGUCGUAUUAUUCGUAUCAAUAAACAAACCAAACAGAUUGAUGAAAUUGUUCGUUUUAAUCGAUCCAAAGAAUGUCAACAUGAAAAAUUAAAAGCUGGAAAUUGUGGACGAUUUUUAGGUCUUCGUGAACAUGGCAAUGAUUUAUAUGUUGUUGAAGCAAAUACCGGAAUCUAUCGUGUUGAUUUGAGAAAAAAAGAAUUAAUUCAUUUGAGUAAAAAUCUGAUACAAGAAAAUGAAUCGGCAAUCAUUAAUGAUCUAGUAUUUGAUCCAAAACAUUCAGAAAUUGUUUAUAUUACAGUUUCAAGCAGUAAAUGGAAAUUGGAUCGUAUUGCCUGGUCAAUCAUUGAACAUGAUCAAUCGGGUUAUGUUUUGGCAAUAAAUCUUCAAACAGGACAAUCGCAUAGAAUAGCCGAUGGUUUUGCAUUGGCUAAUGGUAUUGAAAUUACUGUCGAUGAAAAAUAUCUUCUUGUUUGUCAAACAAAUAAUUUUUCAAUUGCUAAAAUUGAUUUAGAAAUGGCACGGAAAAUAUUUCAUUCAAAACAAUCACCAUUAAAAGCAAAUCAAUUAGAAUUAUUUGGACAACGUUUACCCGGUGAAGUGGAUAAUAUUCGUUUGGAUAAAUCAACCGGUGAUUUAUUGAUCGGUAUGUUUACCGUUCGACCACAUAGUAAAGUUUUACGUGAUUAUCUAUCACAAUGGCCAUUUAUUCGUAAAUCAUUUGCACGUACAGCUUAUGUACUUUAUCUUCUUAUGGAUUAUAUCGAUACCAAAGUUAUUUCGGUGGAUACAAUCAAACAAUUACGUGAUGAUCUUUAUACUGGUCAUAUUGUUUAUAAAACAUUACCAAAAAGAGAUGGUGCUGUUAUUCGUCUUGAUUCGAAAACUGGCCAAAUUAAACAAAUAUUUGGAUCAGAUAAAUUUUUUGGCAUAUCUGAAGCAAUUAUCGAUUCAAAAGGUGAUCUCUAUUAUGGUUCAUUUCGUAAUUCAUUUAUUGGUCGUAUAUCUAAAAAUGAUCAUCAAAAUUAAAUGAAAUGAUAAUUU